CGCUUCGGGGUGAAUUUGUCCUCAGAUGGUGAAGGGGAAUGGGGUCGGUGAUUGUGGUUGCAGAGGAGAGCAGGACGGAGCUCCCUGUGGGUGCCAGCUGUGCCCGGGGCACGGGUUUGCCACGGGGUGCUCCGUAAGGUUCCAUCACCCCUCAGCCCUUGUAUCGCUCCGUGAUUAUGAUGCUGGCACCCAGGGCGCCAUUCCCGGGACGGUCCCAUCGUUGCCGGUCUGGGAGCUGCGGCUGCGGCAGGAGGGACCCUGCGGGGGACGCAGUGGAAGUGACACUCCUAAGAUUCAUAGCCAUGGAGCGGCUGGAGGAGGAGCUGACCUGUGCCGUUUGCUGCGGCAUUUACCAGGAUCCCCGGGUGCUUCCCUGCUCCCACACCUUCUGCAGGGAAUGCCUGGAGGGGGUUCUCCAGCGCUCCGACACCUUCUCCAUCCGGAGGCGCCUCAAGUGCCCCAACUGCCGGGCCCUGGUGGACAUUCCCGCCGCCGGGCUGGAAUCCCUGCCCAUCAACUUCGCCCUCAAGGCCGUCAUUGAGAAGUGCCGGCAGGAAGAGCCCUGGGAUGUGGAGACGUGCCGGGAGCACCCCCGGCAGCCCCUCAACAUUUACUGCCUGCUGGACAGGCAGCUGGUGUGCGGGCAGUGCCUCACCAUAGGGCAGCACCACGGGCACCCCAUCGGGGACCUGCACAGCGCCCACAGGAAGGCCAAGGAGGCCGCUGGAAAACUGCAGGAGCAGCUGCCGGAGAAAUACUGGCGGGAGGUGCUGCUGUGCUACAUGAAGCUGACGACGCAGAAAUCCCAGUGGGAGAAGCUCCUGCGCAGCGAGAGGGACGUCGUGGGGCAGUACUUCAAAAAGCUCGGGGACACCUUGGAGCACAAGAAACAGGCUCUGCUGGGGGCUCUGGAUGAGCUCAACAGGCGCUUCCUGCGGGAAUACGAGCCCCUGCUGGAGGGUGUGAGCAAAAUGAAGGUGGAGGAGAUUGAGCUCAAGUACCUGAAAUCCUCUAUUCGGAAAGAGAAGUCCCCCCUGCUGUGCCUGGAGAAGCUGGAGGAGCUGAAGCAGCGGGUCAAGGCUCUGAGGGAGAAGGAACUGCCGGAUGUGAAACCUCUGGAGAUUUGUCCAAGGAUGGAGGACCUGCUGAAGGACGUGUGGGCUAAAACCGAAAUGGGUCAGAUCGACAAGAUCCCCCCUCCAAAACUGAUGCUGGUUCCCAGGAGGAAACAGUGCAGCAAAUGCCCUGGGAAGGAAACCGUGGAAGGCAGCAAGUGGGUGUGUGCCCUGAGCCUGCCCCCCGUGAGCCUGCCCCCCGUGCUGCUGCUGCUGCUGCUGCUGGGCCUGGCGGGCACCGCCCUCGCCCUGCACAGGGCACUGCCCCCCGGGGCCAUCCAGGCUGCUCCCACAUGGAUCUCGGAAUUCCUGCUCCAGCUCUAUCAGCAUUCCUGCUCCCACCUGCAGAAGGCCGUGGAUGGGCUGUGCCAGCCAUUCACCUCCCUGAUGGGGUUCUGCAGGAGAAUUGUCCCCUUUGACUGCUUCCAUGAGUAGGUGAUGACCCAGUGCAGGAAUCCAGGAUUAGUUUUGAUUUCCACCGAAAAGCUGAAUUAUUAAAGCUCUACACUUUUCCCUUCUAUUCCCGUAUCCUUCCUUUUCUCUAGUGCCUGGAUUUCCUCUGAGCUAAGUCUUAGUGAAGUAAACAUUUGCACCAAAAAGGGCUCUCUGUCCCACUGAGGUGUUUGUUCCAGCCGGGAUCCAGGCAGGACCAGCAGCUGGAACCAGCUCACACGUGGGAAUGUGAGUCUCAGCUCUGAAAACUCCUUCAACAUGGACUCUAUUUUUAGUAAUGUCUUCUGAAAUUGUUUUUUAAUACAAACAUGACAGGUUAUCAGGACCCCUCAGCUGCAAAGGGCCGGCACUGCCUCUCAUGUGCAAGAAACUCCCUUUCUGUGCUUCCUGGCCUGUGACCGUGUUGGAACAGAGACAUUUGUGCUCUUUGAGGUCUGUGCUCGUGGCCCUGGCGCUCAGUUUUUGGUUCUGGGUAGAGUGAAGGACACAAUUUCACCCUUUUUGUAAUUUUUUUUUAAUCCUGUGUGUAAUAACUUUGUGUGUUUCCCAUGUUCCUUCUCUCCCAUCCUCCUUGAACUCGGGGUUUUGAACCCCAAACUUGCCCUCCCAAAUCCCACCUGCUGCCAGUUCAUGCAAGGUCAGUCCUCAGAGGUGACACUGUUACAUUCCUUAAGCCUAAAGUUGAUCCCAGUCCUGCUAUCCCAGUGUUGACAAAGCCUGAGUCCAGCCCAGGUGCAGCUUGGGGGGUGUGGAGUGUCCCAGGGGGAGGAGCAGGAGGACACUGGGAUGGGAGCUGUGCCUGGAAUUUGUUCCUGAGUUUUUCUGUCAUCUUUCAGAGUUUCAGUGGCAAAUCCCACCCAUCCCACUGCUCAGCUUUGGAAAGGUGUUCCAGGUGUGUGCUGGGACUGUGUAAGUGCUCUCAUACCAAUUCCCCAGUAAAACUGGCAAUUUGGUUUUGUCCUGAGCCCUGCUGGGAGGCUGCACUUGACACAUCAGUCUCCAAUCCUGAUGGUCUGUUCACUGCCCCAUGAGGCUGCAUUUCCUACCCCCCUUCCUAUCUUUUAUUUUCCUUUUUAAAAGAAUUUCUAAUACAAUCUUAUUUUUCAUGACA